CUCUAGCCUAUCCUCCUAAACAAUCCAGGCAAUGGUUCUCUCUCAGAGCUCCACUUCCAAGGGAGAUAGAGUUUUUAGCAGCAAAAGCCAGAAAACACCAGACGCUGAAAUGACCCAGAGUCCAGUGAUCGCUGUGGAUUAAAGCGGAAACUUUUACGAUGGCCGUUAAGGUGAAAAAGUAACCAAAACAAACAUCAGAAGCGAGAUCCACAGAUGCACACAGCAAUGAGCGGACCGAGCUGCUGUAAACCUGGCUGCAGUUUUUAUUCCUAAGUAUUUUAAUAGAACGCGCCUUGUAAAACAUUUUACGACUCUGAUUGAUUUUUAUCCUGCUCGCCUUUUAGUAGUUUUAAUUUUAAUUUUAAAAGAAUUAUGGCGGGGAAGGCGGCUGCACAAGGCACGGGGAUAUUGCUCGUAACAGCCAACGUUGGAUCCCUCUUUGAAGAUCCUGAAAACUUACAGAAGACAUGGCUUCGAGAAUUUUAUCAGGCUGUACAUACACAUAAGCCUCAUUUUCUUGCACUACACUGCCAGGAAGUGGGAGGAAAAAACUAUGAAGAUUCCAUGUCUCAUGUGGACACUUUUGUCAAAGAGCUGCUGUCCAGUGAUGCGAUGAAGGACUACAACAGAGCCCGGGUUUACUUGGAUGAAAACUACAAAUCCCAAGAACAUUUUACAGCACUAGGAAGUUGCUAUUUUCUCCAUGAAUCCUUGAAAAACAUCCAUCAGUUUGAUUUUAAAGCCAAGAAAUACAAGAAGGUUAUUGGAAAAGAGAUCUAUUCCGACACACUAGAAAGCACCCCCAUGUUGGAAAAGGAGAAGUUUCCACAGGAAUAUUUUCCAGAGUGUAAAUGGUCCAGAAAAGGCUUCAUCAGAACACGAUGGUCUAUUGCUGAUUGUGCCUUUGACUUGGUGAACAUUCAUCUUUUCCACGACGCUUCCAAUUUAAUUGCUUGGGAAACCAGCCCAUCUGUUUAUUCAGGAACGCGGCAGAAAGCACUUGGUUACGUUCUAGAUAGAAUUACAGACCAGAGGUAUGAAAAGGUGCCACACUUCAUCUUUGGAGAUUUUAACUUCAGGCUGGAUUCAAAGCUAGUUGUAGAGAGUCUUUGUUCUUCAGCGACGAUGCAGACCAUUCGGGCAGCCGACACCAAUGAGGUAGACAAGUUAAUAUUCCGAGAGCUGGAUAAUGACCGAAAGGUUGUGCUUCAACUUGAAAAGAAGCUUUUUGAUUAUAUUAACCAAGAUGUUUUCCGAGAAAACAAUGGAACACUGCUGUUAGAGUUUGACAAAGAGCUGUCUGUGUUUAAAGAUCGGCUGCAUGAGCUUGAGAUCUCCUUUCCUCCCAGUUACCCAUAUAGUGAAGAUAGCAGUCAAGGAAAGCAGUACAUGAAUACCAGAUGCCCCGCAUGGUGCGAUCGGAUCUUACUUUCCUCUUCUGCAAAGGAACUUAUUUCAAAACCAGAAAAUGAUGAGAAAGCUGUGAUUUAUGAUAAUAUUGGCCCCAACGUAUGUAUGGGAGACCACAAGCCUGUCUUCUUGUCCUUUCGAAUAGCUGCAGGGGCAGGUAAACCUAAUGCAAAUAAGCACAAGUGUUGUGUCGUGCAGUGAUGUUGUGGGAAGCGGUGCCAAUGGGGAGAGAAGAUUUUACGAGAAGCAACCCUCUGAGAAGUUAGGAAGUUAGACGUUAGAAAAAAGGAAACACCAGUAGAAGAAAACACACAACUACGUACAAACUGUACAGCUGUACUAAUGAAUGGAGUUUUCAGUGCCACAUUUAGAUUGUUGAUCGUACACAAUGCUUCAACAUCUGGACUCUGCUCAAGAAAAGCCUCACAUACCUCACUGUCUUGUAUGUUUCUCUGACAGAACUGAAAUGUGGAAUAUUUUUAAUGUGUCACAGCUUUGUUGCCAAAACUCUAAUAGAUAUCAGAAAUACUACGUAUUUUAGAUACCAUAUUUACAACUUUUUAGAUAUGCCUCUACAUAUAGAAGAACCUAUUUCCACAUGUAGGAUGUAUUAAAGUGCAAUGCAAAAAUUGUAUAUCUAUAUUAGUAAGGUUGUUUGUACAUUGGAUUGUAUUGAAGUAGAGGUAUUGAUGGUUUUAGUGGAGUUUUCUUUACUGACCAAGGUUUGUGGUCCCUGUGUUAGAAUAGAUAGGUAUUUUCAUUUCAUGGUUUUUUUUUCUUUACUGAUUAAUGUGCAUACUACACACUGCCAUGUUUAUGGUUUUGAAUCACAGAUCAGCUGCUUCUCAUUUUAUAUACUUUUUAAAACUAAUUUAUAAAUCUUACCAAAAUUGUAUGCUUAAAUAAGUAUACCUUCCAAUACGACUGCUUGGGUGUGUCAUCAGCUGAUAGUAUCUUUAAACCUAGUGAUUUUAAAAUAUUCAACAAACCUGUUCUCUAUAUCAAAGGAUAUUUACCAUUUCCAUGGAUAAUACAAGUAUAUAAGAUAUUGUUUAUCAUAUAUAGCGUUCACUCUUUGUUAUUCUUAUUCUAACUUAUUUCUAUGUAAUAAUAUUAUGUUUCUGAAUGUGAAGUUUUUAGAUAGGCUUGGGUAUCUUUAAAAAAUUUUGUAAACUGUUUUUGUCUAUUUUUGUUACUGCAUAAUGGUGCCAAGUAUUGUAUACUGAAGAAAAAUAAUAUUGUGGGAGACAUCAUAACUUAGUUUAGUCCAACUGUAAGUAAAAUUUGGCUUAAUUAUAAGUUGUAAAUAUUCAAAAUAAUAAGGCCAGAGAAAAAUAAGGAAGAAAAUGCAUUUUGAUUUUUGUAUGUAGCUGUUUACAACCUUUAGUGCUGUGUUGCAAAUAAUUUUCUAUCAUUGCAUUUUACAACAUUAAAAAGUGAUUAGAGAGUCUGUUGAUGAAACACAAAUGUUUCUUUCAUUGAUUUAAUUUAGUACACUACAGAGUUCACAGAUUUUGUGAUGGCAUUAGAUUGAUGCUUAAUUUUUUUAAUAUAAAUCACUACGAGUGGGAAAUGAUUUUGUGUCAGCUGCCAAAAUUUAUGUUGCCUUAAAAGUGUGAUUUGGGUUUUUAGACAAAACUGCUUGUAAAGUUUCUGCAGGUCCCGUGUAACAAUGUACCAAUGUUUCAAUAUAUUCACUUUUUCUCUUCAAGCAAAUAGAGAUUCUACCCCUUGGACUAUAUGGCCUCUAGAGUAGGUUCUUUGAGUCUGAAGCAAUAAAACCAGUAGACAUAAAA